AGCAGACUGAUUUCCAAUUCCACCAAGUCAUGAUGACCAGAACAAGAAUCAGUAGUUCUUGCACACGCCCUCAAAGACGGUCACGACCCUUAUCUACACGACUUUCACAACUAUCAACAACAUGUUGCUUAGUCCUCGUAGCUCCUCUCUUGUUACGAUGUGGUGGUUUCGCGAGCGGCGUAGGGGAGAAGGGUCUUCUUCCGUUCACACCAGCUCCCUGGACAUGGAGCCCGAUUGCAAGACCUCUGCAGUCCACGGCCUCCUAUUCCUAUGCCAUACAGGAGGUACAGGACGUGGAGGUCAAGAAAGGCAGGCCACCUUUGAAGAAUCCACGGAAAUUGGCAGCAGCAUUACGCGCAGGCACCUACGAAGAUCCUCAGAGACGGAAGAUACUUGACCUGAAUUAUACAGCCUACAACGAAGGGAGAUCAUCAGGUCCUCCUGUAAAAACAAAAGAGAGCCAUGACCGCAGCUCCUAUAUCCACCGUGUGAUAGAGGCCUUGCGCCCUCUGCGACAAGGAUAUCGCCAAUACGAUUUUGACGAUGAAAAAUUGGCAGUAACGGAAAAUGCUGAGGUCGCCCAAAAAUGGAAUGUGCACCUAGAAGCGUUGGAGCAUAUAGCAGAUGAAGCAGAUGAUAGUACCACAAACAGAGGUGACGAGGGAUCCUCUAAUAUUGGCCUCCUGGCUUCCCACCACAGAUGGGAUCCAUGCCUAGGGUUCGGUGCGCAACUGAGUCGACAACUCUUCUAUGAUUUGGCCACGUUCUUUCCACCUACGACACGCUUCCUGGAACUCGGGAUAUUGCAUGGUUCGACAACGGCUUUUUUGGCGUUAAGGAAUAGGUUGUUGGGGUUGAAGUAGUCUUCUUCAGCCUUAGGCAGAGGUAAUGAUCUACUGAAAAAAUAUUGGUCUCCUGUCUAUCGUCUACGUCUACUCGAAAACUGAAAAUAACCGUGUUACUGACUGAAAUAUGGGAGGUAGCUUUGUUCUUCCUUGUUUAGUAUCUCGCUCAUUUUCAGUAGUUACUCGCUUAUUUCAGUUUUUCGAAUAUGAGUUCUUUUAUGGUCAUCCAGGGGCGGAGGGGUGAGAAGCUUUACCAUCAGAUCUAACUAAUGCAACCUUCGCAAGUGUCCGCGCGGUUGAUUUGCAGAAAUGGGCCUUCGAUCAUGCGAGGUUGAGCAUACAAACCUUAGCGCAAAAACUUGGAUCGACCGUAACAAGCGCCAGUGUGCUCCAGAGCCGUGUGACCUUCACACAACUAGACCUGUAUUCCGAAAGUUGGGAGGCGGCUUUCACCGGAACGACUGCGGGAGACGAAUUUGACGUAGCGAUUAUAGACGCGGCGCACACGUAUCGUGAAGUGUUGAGCGAUUUGACCAAUCUUUUGAGGAUUUUUCCUGGCGUGAAGUAUCUGGUCUUAGACGAUAUGGACCAUGCGGAUGUGAGAUUAGCUUUGAAAGACUUCAUGGACGAGUAUAAACCUGGCACUCUAGAUUGUCGAUGGCCCGUAGGUGCGUCGCCAGACGACCAUUGCGUAGUGCGAGAGAGUUUUCUACUGCAACGAGAACUCUACAGGCGCUUGCGUAUUCCAGAGCACAUAGAUCCUGAUGCGAGUCAACGAUUUGGGUAUGAGGCCGUGAUUUGUCGAGUUCUAGGAGGUGCUGUGGUGGACCUAGAACUAGAGGGCGAUCAUGAUGAUGAAUCCGUGGAUAUCAAUAAGCGCAAGAGGAGCAUCAAUAGCACAAGAACAUUAAAACAGAGACGUCGUGGCACACCUCAUGCAGCAACUUUUGAAGCUGCGUUUGAUGCUGCUCUUGCCCUUCACGAUCGAUCCUUGAUACUGUACAGUAGCGGUGGCAGCUAUGUCCAAGAAGAAGCUUCUUCAGCAAAAAGAGGCACAGAACACUUAGUUCUCUCUCAAGAAACAGGAAGUCGGGGUACAACUCUGGCUAUUGCGGGUGAAGACGAGCAAUCUUUUUUCGAAGAGGUGGAUGAAGUCAAGACUCCUACUACGAAAAGUCCUAAAGACGUUCACAAAGAACGCACUUCGCAAGCAAAACCUUUGGUGAAUGUGCAGUUCACUCGUCACGCAGCAGCAGUAGCACUGGAGGGACCGUCUUUGUUGAAAUUUAGUCUGAAGAAGGUACUUGGGACAUCAGACUACAAUAAGAAUAAUGGUAAUGUAGAAGUGUACACCACCGAUCCUCCAUUUCAAAGUCGCAUGCGUGAGGAUAGUGGAGGCGAAUCCCGCGACUCGCAAUCGAGCCGACUUACACUGGACCAAUUAGGACUUUUGCCUUUGAAGGAAAGCCUGAAGUUACUAAGACAAGGUCGGGAUCAUGUUGUCUUUGACGAGGACGAGGAAAUUGGCAUGGGAGGGGAACUUAAAUUAAGGUUAUUUACCAGAUUGUUUACGUCCUGUACUGUAACAUCCUUGCCCUUUUUCAAAUCGAAAAAAAUAUGAAAAGGAUAUUCUGAAAAACGUAAAAAUGCUACAGGCAGCUGCUCUAAGUAGAGAGUAUAUACCUGUCACAACAGCUUCAAAACUACAAUCGAGACGAUCUGAGCGAAUACUCAGAGUCUUUUACCCGCAUCUUUUGGAAGCACAUUUGCAACUACCAGAAAUGGGGACAAAAACUUCGCCCUUGUGGUUUUUGCGACAGAGACUAACUGGCGGUUCCGCGACUAGUGGAGGAGGCGUAAUAACUGUCCAAUUUGCGCUGGAGGAGGUGGGAAUGACACCGGAAGGAGGACAUAUUUUUUAUGGAUGCUGAUAUGAUCAAACCUAAUUCUUCUAAUUGAUUCCUUAUUCAAGACUGACCCAGUUGUUCAUCCUCAUUCAGUCAGUCUUCUUUCAAUCACUCAUUGAUUUCUCAUUCUCCCUGUCAAUGACUCGUUAUGAAUAUAGUGAGUGAUUGCAAACAACAUAAUAUGAACGAGCUUGGUAAUUCAUUCGAAAAUGCGUUUAGAUAUGAGGAAUUGAGUAUGAAUUUGGUGUCGUCAAGUUACAAUAACUCAUUGACGAGUCCUCCUCUAAUCCUCCCUCCGCUUUCGUCCAGCCGAGACCUCCAACCUUUUCGAACAAAGAGACUUUGAGCUCCGAGUCCACCCUGCUCCUGGAUUUAAGGGCUUUUACAUUGCAUCCUGCGCUACCAUUCUUGACGUGUUUCCCGAUAGGAAAGAGGUCAAGGAUGUUCUGAGGAAUGCAAUAGCGCAACCACUAAUGUGCUUCAUGCAGCAGAAGUGUACGUAAUUGAGGGUAAUGAGGAUAACUACGCGUGGACAUUCGAAGGAGUGAAAUCGCAUAAUCUGCGCGCCUUCCUGCGGAGGGAGAUGACUGGGUUGUAGCCGUGGGGAUGUAGAUUUAGACGCAAGCAAAUCAUCCAUGCAAGUGCUUACUCGCAAAAGACUCAUGAACUGUGAUUGUUUAAAAUUUUCUUUGAACAUCAUCUUCGCUUACGCGGCUACCCUUUCUUGUUCUCAAAAAUCUUCAGUGU